AUGCACCGCGGCGAGCAGCCUUUGAAAAAGCGGCGCGGCUCGUUCAAGAUGGCGGAGCUCGACCAGUUGCCUGACGAGAGCUCUUCAGCAAAAGCCCUUGUCAGUUUAAAAGAGGGAAGCUUAUCUAACACAUGGAAUGAGAAGUAUAGUUCUUUACAGAAAACACCUGUUUGGAAAGGCAGGAACUCAAGCUCUGCUGUGGAAAUGAAAUUUACAGCAACAAUGUCAACACCAGAUAAGAAAGUAUCACAGAAGAUUGGUUUUCGAUUGCGUAACCUACUCAAGCUUCCCAAAGCACAUAAAUGGUGCAUAUAUGAAUGGUUCUACUCAAAUAUAGAUAAACCACUCUUUGAAGGCGAUAAUGACUUCUGUGUAUGUCUAAAGGAAUCUUUUCCUAAUUUGAAGACAAGAAAGUUAACAAGAGUAGAAUGGGGAAAAAUCAGGCGACUUAUGGGAAAACCACGGAGAUGUUCUUCUGCAUUUUUUGAGGAAGAGAGAUCAGCAUUAAAACAGAAACGGCAGAAAAUAAGGCUCUUACAACAGAGGAAAGUUGCAGAUGUUUCACAAUUCAAAGAUCUCCCGGAUGAAAUUCCUUUGCCUCUAGUCAUUGGAACCAAAGUUACAGCACGAUUGCGUGGUGUUCAUGAUGGCCUGUUCAUUGGACAAAUAGAUGCUGUGGAUACUCUUAAUGCUACUUAUAGAGUAACUUUUGAUAGGACAGGACUUGGAACCCAUACCAUCCCUGACUAUGAAGUUCUUAGUAAUGAACCUCACGAGACAAUGCCAAUUGCUGCCUUUGGACAAAAACAGCGGCCUUCUCGAUUUUUCAUGACCCCACCACGGUUACAUUACACUCCUCCUCUCCAGUCACCUAUUACGGAUAAUGAUCCUUUAUUAGGACAGUCGCCUUGGAGAAAUAAAAUUUCUGGUUCCGACACUGAAACGUUAGGUGGUUUUCCAGUAGAAUUCCUUAUCCAAGUGACCAAAUUAUCAAAAAUCCUCAUGAUUAAAAAGGAACACAUCAAGAAGUUAAGAGAAAUGAACACAGAAGCAGAAAAAUUGAAGUCAUAUUCCAUGCCCAUAAGCAUUGAAUUUCAGCGGAGAUAUGCAACUAUUGUUCUAGAGCUUGAACAGCUGAAUAAGGACCUAAACAAAGUUUUACAUAAAGUUCAACAAUACUGCUAUGAGCUCGCUCCAGACCAGGGACUCCAGCCUGCAGAUCAACCAACAGAUAUGAGACGAAGGUGUGAAGAAGAAGCACAGGAAAUUGUUCGGCAAGCCAAUUCCUCAACGGGACAUCCCUGUGUUGAAAAUGAAAGUCUUACAGACUUAAUCGCCAGACUUACAGCUGUUUUAUUACAAAUUAAGUGUCUAGCAGAAGGUGGAGACCUGAAUUCCUUUGAAUUCAAAUCACUUACAGAUUCAUUAAAUGAUAUCAAGAGUACAAUAGAUCCUUCCAAUAUAAGCUGCUUUCAGAAUAAUGUAGAAAUCCAUGUUGCACAUAUUCAGAGUGGCCUGAGCCAAAUGGGAAACUUACAUGCCUUUGCAGCAAAUAACACCAACAGAGACUGAGUAGAAGAUUUAAUUAUUCCAACUGCAUAGGACAUUGUUUUUGAGAAGUUCUUUUCCUUUAUGUAGGCUUCCAACACCAAAUACCUAGCUGCUGGAAAACAAGGGAAAUUAAAAUCUCCAAAUAAGGCAUUUUAAGAUCCUGUACUGCUUCUUAAACGAACAUUACUGAUCAGCAUUAUAUUUUUCUUUUAUAUUAUUCAACUGCAGAAGUUUUACUUAUGUUACAUAUGUUUAUUAUAAAAUAUUUUUAAAUUGAAAACAUCUGAACACAUUAAUUUCAUGGAAGAAUAUUUUAAACAUUUUUUAAAUGUGUAUGAAAUCAACCCAACUACCACAAUGGAAAACAAGAAGAAAAUGGUCUUUUUGUGCAUGCUGGUGGCAGUGUGGAAAUUCAACUAAAAAACUACAAUUUCAGUUAAUUUAGUUGAUCAGCAUCUCUGUCUUCAAAAAAUGACAUCAUGAAGUACAGGAGGUACUUUUUGUAAAGGAAGCCACUGGAAUGGAGCUAGGAAAGAAGGACUUUACGAGUACAUAUAGCAUAUACUUGUAAUGUGACAUGGCUCUAAUAGAUCAUUAUAUCAUUUUUAAAUGUUUUAAUUUAUC